AUGUCCGAGGGCUUCGCGGGCACCUGCGCCUUCGCCGACCUGGAGGCGUGGGCCGACGGGCUGGACGCUGCCAGCCCGCACGUGGAGCGCACCGAGUACGGCUAUGACGUGCACGGGCAACUCAAGUCGACCACGUCCUUCGGGAAGGCCGAGCUGGGUUCGGGGAGCGUGACGUUCACCCAGCCGAGUCACCAGUACGUCACGUACGACGCCUUCGGCCGGUUGAUCAGCACGAGCAACGACGCGGGCGUUCAGACCACGUACGCCUACGAUGGCCUGAACCGACUGCUCAGCGUCAAAGACGUCAAUCAGGCGACCACGACCUACACGUACGCUGAUUCCGGGCGCAAGACGAGCAUCACGCUGGACAACGGCCAGAUGACGGUCCAGCUGUACGGGCUCGACGGUCGGCUGAUCACCAGCACCAGCUACGACCCGGCCGGCGCCGGCCUGGGCGCGACGCGCUACAUCUACGACGCCGAUGGGCGCUUGCGCACGACACAGGACCCGACGGGGCGCCGCAGCUGGAAUUUCUACGAUGACGCCGGGCGGCUGCAGGCCGAAGUCGACGCCGCCGGGCAGCUGAUCGAGUACCUGCGUGAUGCGGCCGGCCGGGUCGUCCAGGAGAUCCGCUACGCAACCCGGCUGAGCGCCGCGACGCUGGCAGGACUGCUGGACGCCAACGGCGGACUGAGCUCGCAAGGUCUGUCAGACAUUCGACCAACGGCCGAUACCGCACGUGAUCGCAUCCAGACGACGUACUACGACGCAGCGGGCCGGGUGCAGGCCACGCAGGAUGCAGAGGGCUCGGUCGUCGAGUUCUCCUACAACGGCACCAACGAUGUGGUGCGGCGAACCGCCUACGCCACGGCCCUUGCCGUCAGCCGAUGGAACGGCGGCACGACGGGCAUUGUCACCACCCUUGCGGCCUAUGUGCCGCCGGCCAGCGAUGGCGCGCGUGACCGGAUCUCGCGCAACGUCUACAGCGUGCCGGGGCGCCUGAGCCUGUCGAUCGACGGGGAGGGCUAUGCCACGACCUGGUCCUAUGACAAGGCCGGCCGCAAGACCGAGCAGCGUCGCUACGCCACGGCCAUUCCCGCGGGAAAUCGGGACAGCGCUGCACCCACGCUCGCCGCGUCGGGCGACGACGAACUCGUCAGCUGGAUCUACGACCGCCAGGGGCGCUUGAUCGCCGAGAUCGACGCGGAGGGCCACCUGACGGAGUACGGCUACGACAGCAGCGGGCGGCUGACCGACACCUUGCGCUACCCGACGUCGCUCGGCCGCCGCGUGGUGUGGCAAGGCGCAAGCCAGACCUUCCUCACCGACUCCUACGACCUGGCACGCCUGAACCUUCUGAAUCGCGCCACGCUCGGCGCACCGCAGAUCACCCGGCGCACGUAUGAAGCACGCGGGCUGCUCGAGACCGAAACCGCUGCCGAUGGCACCGUCACCAAAUACGUCUACGACAGGCUGCAGCGCCUGACGACCACCAUUCGCGCCUACGACCAGGACGCCCGCGCCGACCGCGUCGAGUUCGACGGAUACGGCCGGGUCUGGAAGCGAUACGACAACGAGGACCGUGUCGUCGCUACUUACCUGUAUGACGACGCCGGUCGCCUCAUCAGCACGAAGGACGCACGCGACCACACCACCGUCUACUACUACGACGACGCGGGGCGGCUCACCUUCACCAUCCGCCCGACCGACGCGGGUGGUGAAGUCACCGAGACGGUCUACAGCCCGUUCAGCGAGACGUCUGCCAGCAUCACACACAGCAAUCGCCUCAGCGCGAGCUUCGCUGCGAGCCUGACCGGAGGACGCGUCGCCGAUGCCGCCGGUUUGCAAGCCAGUGUUCAGGCCCUCUACAACGCCGAUGAUCGAACCGGCCGGACAGACCUCAUCUUCAAUCGGCGAGGCCAGGUCCAGCAGGCCAUCGACGCGCUGGGCCACAAGACAAGCUACCUCUACAACGCAUUCGGUCAACUCGAAACCACGACCGCCGAGGUCGAUGCCUCGCUGUCCAGUGCGCGCCGCUUGAUCACGAGCCUCGGCUAUGACCGGCGCGGCUACCAGGUCAGCAACACCGCUGCCAAUGCCAGCGGCGUGCAGGGCAUGCAAACCCGUGCCGAGUACGACGCGUUCGGUCGCCUCUCCGCAAGUAUCGACGCGCGAAAUCAGCGCACGAGCUACGGCUACAUCCGCGACGCUGGUCAAGGCCGCAAGGUCAGCAUCACGGACCCCGCGGGCACGACGACCACGGUCUAUGACGCCUUCGAGCGCGUCGUUCAGCGCAUCGACCGCCUGAACAACUCGGUGACGUUCGAGUACGACACCGCCAACCGGGCGCUGACGACCACGACCGCGGAAGGCGUGCGCACGAUCACGAAAUACAACCGCCAUGGGCAGGUCCGCAGCGUCAGCGUGGACGGCGCCGGCGGCGCCACAACCUACGCCUAUGACAGCCGCGGCAACCUGAAAACCGUCACCGAUGCCCUCGGCAGCGUCACCGCCAACGACUACGACCUCAACAACAACCUCGUCCAGGUCGUGCGCGGCCUGAAGGCCAAUGCGGGCGCCUCACCUACCGAUGACGGCAGUGCGCUGACCACGACCUACACCUAUGACGCGGCCAACCGGAUGCUCACGCAGACCGUGAAUCCGGGGCCACAGCAGCAGGUGACGACCUACCGGUACGACGGCCAAGGUCGGCAGGUCCGGGUGGUCGACCCGCGCGGCACUGUCACUCGGCAAACCUUCAACGCCAAGGGCGAACUGCAAGAGAUCGUCAUCGACCCGGUCGAUGCUGCCGACACGCCCGACAUGGCGGCGCAGCGGCUGAAGCUCAAGACCAGCUACACCUACGAUGCCCAGAGCCGGCUGCUCACGGUCAUCGAAGGCGACGGCACGAGCGCCGCGGUCAAGACGGAGUACCAGUACGACGAGCUCGGGCGUCGCCUGCUGCAGACCGUGGACCCGGAUGGCGUUCGGCUCAGGACCCGCUUCGAGUACGACACCGCCGGUCACGUGCUGGUCGUCCGCAACGCGCUGGACGAAUUGGUCUGGCGCUAUCGCUACGACGACGCCGGCCGUCUGGUCGACAGCAUCGACGGCACCGGCGCCGCCACACGCCACCUCUACGACGCGGAAGGUCGUCGCACCGCCACGCUGGCCGCACCGGUCCGCCUGGCGGUCGACCUGUCGACGGUGUCGGACGAAAGCCUGCGCACCGCCAUCGGCACGCUGCUGACCGGCAGCGAGUCCGUCAACGCGCAGCUGUUCGACAAGGAUGGGCGCCCGACGUUCGCCAUCAAUGCCAUGGGCGAAGUGAGCCAGCGCCGCUACGACAAGGCCGGCCGCGUCAUCGAGAUGGUGCGCUACGCCACACGCCUGGCCGGCCCGACAGCCUCGACGGUCAGCACGCUCGCCGGCCAGGCUCUAGCGCUCGCCUCUAGCACCCAAGCGGCGGACCAGCACAGCUACGCGCGCCAUGACGCGCUCGGCCGCAUCCGGGCCAGCAUCGACGCCACGGGCGCGGUCACCCUGUUCGAUUACGACCGCAACGGCCACCUCACCCAGCAGACCCGCUUCGCCAACCGCAUCACAGGGCCCCUGGCAGACGACAGCGACCCUGUCGUCACACCGAAUCCCGAAAAGGAUCGCAUCGACUACUUCCUCUACGACCGCGCAGGUCGUGAGCAGUACCACGUGGAUGCCGAGCGGUAUGUCACGGAGACCGUCCAUGACGACGCCACGGGCACCACCACCACCCGCCGCUACGCCGCCCGGCUGACGGGCGAUGGCCCACCGAAGGCCAGUGACGUGGCCGCGUUGGAUCGCACCGGCGCCGUGACCUACGGCCGACGGCUGGAUCGCGCGGGGCGGUUGAGCGUCGAGUCCGACGGCAUGGGCGUCCAGACGGUCACGGCCUACGACGAGGCCGGCCGGAUCCAGUCGAUCACUCGCGCCAAGGACGUGCAGGGCGUGGAGACGACGACGUCCUACACCUACAACGGCGCCGGCCAGCGUUCAAGCAUGACGGUGGCGAGCAACAGCGCCGCGCUCGCCGCAACCACGCGCUAUGAGUACGACGCGCGCGGCAACCUCCAGCGCCUGAUCGAUCCGCGGGCCGUGCCCUUGUCGACGGGCGAUGGUGCGUGGGAGCAGGCUGAGCGCAAGCGACUGGGCUAUGCGCCGCUGCUCAAGGACUUGUCGGACGGCGCCAAGCUGACGCUCACGUACGUUUACUCCACGACGUACCAGUACGACCUGAUGGGUCGCACCACAGAGACCCGGCGCAUGCUGGACACCGGCAACCCGGUCGUGUCCACCACGGCGUACGACGCCUUCGGCAACGCGAUCACGUUCACCGACCCGCGCGGCAGCAAGAGUUACCAGGUCUUCGACAAGGCCAACCGCCUGAUCCAGGCCAUCGACGCGGAGGGUUACCUCACCGCCUACGGGCUCGAUGCCUUCGGCAAUGUGGAGACGGUGCGCCGGGUCGAUGCCAAGGUGGCGACGGUCACGGCAGGCUCGCCGGUCGCCUACACGCCCAACGAAGCACUCGACAGCCUGUCCUCGAACACCUUCGACAAGGCCAACCGGCUCCUGACACACAAGGUUUGGGCCAAUGCGGACGCGGAGACUUACGUCGAAGGCGCGUCGGGUCCGCUGAAUGCCUUCGGCGAGCGUGACGCAGCCCUCAACAAGCUCGGUGGCGUCACCCGCUACAGCUAUGACAGGCUGGGCCGAGUGACGCAGGAAACGCUCCCGGUCACUUCGACCAACGCCGAAGGGGCGGUGGCGAAGGAUGCCAAGGGCAACCCGCGACUCGUGACCAACGCCUAUACCUACGACAGCCGCGGCAACCGUCUCACGAGCGUGGAGGCGGUGGGGCUGCCGGAACAGCGUGUGACCGACAUGGCCUACGACGCGGCCGACCGCCUCGUCUACCGCAUCGGAACCGAGUACACGGCGGUCAAUGCCGACGGCAGCAGCCUCGCCUAUCGCCCGGUCGACUACACCCGUUACGACGCCCUGGGUCGGGUGAUCGAAGUGGUGCGCCGGGGUCACUGGACCGACAGCGGCCGCCUGACGGCGGGCACGGGCAGCCGCAGCCUGACCUACUACAACCUCCGAGGUGAGGUCGUGUCCCGGAUCGCCGCGGACGGCGCAUGCACCAUCUACACGCGGGACGCCGUCGGCAACGCGAUCGUUGAGACCGCACUCGCGCAGCCGGUGGAUGUCCGCACCGCAGCCGCGGGCGGCAAUCCGCCCGCCGUCACGCCCACGGCCCUCAAGGACCGCACGGCCCUGCGCGUCUACGACGCGCUGGGCCGCCUGAUCGAGGUGCAACGGGUCGGGCUGCGGUACUGGGAAUCGAGCGGGAGUGACGACAGCAACUUCACCACGGCACUUUCGGCGCCCGACAAGGUCAAGGUGCGCAGCCUGGUCUAUGACGCCGGCGGCAACGUCAUCCAGGACAUCGAUGCCCGCGGGAAUUCGGUCUUCCGGUACUACGACAAGUUGGGCCGCCAGGUCCUGAGCGUCGACCAGGAGGGCUUCGCAACCGCCUGGGCCUACGGUCGGCACCACUCGGCAGCCACGACCCAGACACGCUACGCCAGCGCGCUGACGACCGCCCAGUACGGUCGUCAGAACGAUGCGGGCCAGCCUUACAGCGCGCUCGGCGACCCUGACCGCAUCCGACAGACCCUGAGUCUUGCCGACGCGCGCAUCAGCGAAUACGACUUCGACCGCCUCGGGCGGAUCUCCAGCGCAGGCACUGACCUGCGCGCCGUAGCCCUGGAUGCUGCCGCCGUGGACGCCACGCUGAUCCAUACCUUCAGCGCCUACAACAAACGCAACCUGCUGACCAAGACGGCAGACAUCAAGGUCAGCUACCUCAAGGAUCAGACGACGCUGUCCGCAGCGUUCAUCAAGCAACUGACCGACCUCUACGGUGCGAUCACCGUGGCGCCGCCAGAUCCCUUGAAGAACCUGCCGACCCAGAUCACCGGCACGGGCGGCUCCUUCUACGCGACGCCCGUCAGGGGUGGGUCUGCCAGCGCGCUGUUCCCCGCGGGCUACGGCUCUCCCUCGAUGGAGCGGACCUGGGUCGAAGGACCUGUGCACACCGGCGCGGCGGAGGUCACCGUUGCGAGCAGCAGCGCGGCCGGGACGACGCUGCGGUUCUCGACCGGGCUCCUGCCGGGCGGCCUGGGCAAGGUCUACGUCCGCAGCCCCGGCGUCGGCGACUGGUCGGCGCCGAUCGACAUCGUCAACGGGCUGUCCAAGUCGCCCCUGCCGGGGACCAACGGCACCUGGGCGCUCAUCAUCGCGGCCCCCGACGGCUCGUUCUACCGAACGACCUACACCGUCUCCAACGGCGUCGCCACGAUGGACCGGGUCAUGACGGGCACCAUGACGAUGCUCGCUCCGUCCGUGACGAUCCCUCUGGCGCACAGCACCACGCUGAGCACGCGCAGCUAG